UUCCAGACUGGCUCAGAUUUUUUGUGAAAAAAGCUGGAUCCUAUUGGGUCAGUCACAUUGAGGAAGAAAAAUAUGAAAAGUGAAGGAAUAAUCAAGGAGGUUCUGUUCAGCCCUAGAUUCAAAAUAUAUGUCGUGAGAAAUCAUUCCUGAGCUUUGAGACCAGAUGCACUCCUGUGGCAGGAAAAGCAGGACUUCUGAGGAACAGUCAACUUCCAAGUUCAGCUAUUCUUAAGAAGUUCUUGCAUUCAGGACUUUUUAUUUCUGUUUGUGAACUCAUGUUUUAUUUAUUUUUUAAUCAGAAGAGCAUUAGAAGAGGAACAGAGAAGUUAGAUUAGACAAUGUGCUUUGUCAUCCUGUCAACAAAAGGGAUCUGCUAGUAUUGUUAUUUCAGCACUUUGUAUAUUAUGCCUUUUUACCUCGAAACCAAAUUUAAUUUCUGAUGUGGUAAGCUGUGCUGAACUCCCUCUUCCAGAUUCAAAACUUACACAAAAAUCAUAAGUCUUCAGUUUACUUCUAAAUGUAUAUAUUUGAGUUUCUUUUUUCCUGUAGCAAGACAUAACUUCUGGGCUGCUGCACACAAUCUGGCUUUGUUUGAUUCCUAUAUUGCAACCUUAUACUAAAGGAGGGAAAAAACAAACCAGUAGGAAUAACUACAGUAUAGAAGUAAAAACACCUUUAUAAUUUUAGUGACCCAAUUCACAACACCCUCAGAAAAUUAAGAUCCCAAAAGAAAGCCUGAGUGGACAUUUUUUCUUAAGGCAUAAUUUAGACUGUCAAGUUUGGCAGCUGGAAUGCUUUGUUGAACUGAACUGAACAGAAUGGAAGGGAACAUAAGAGAGAUUCAGUGCUCUAUUUUUUCAUUUAUAUCUUAUUAGUUUCAUACCCUUAAUUGUGAAACGUACUUCAGCUGAGAAAAUUUGUCUCAGCCCAGCUAUGCAGAUGGGUUUGCACCCAUUCCAGAAAACCAGUCGAUUGUCAUUCUCUUGGCAUGGUAGACAUAGGUCCUAUAAACAACAUGUCAAACACCUGGAUCUGUCACCAGAGACAGCCCUGCUAGUAUAACAAGCAGUUGUGCAACAUCCCAGGCUUGUCAAGCCUUACCGUGGCAUAAGGUAUGGAACAACAAGCUGUACCUUUUAGUUAUGGAAAUCAGACACAACAGAGGUGUUCUUGUUAGAUACUAAGUAAUUGUCACCCUCAGCACAGACCAAGAGAAGACCUUCUGUCAGUUGGGCAUCUUAGUGGCUUCAGAUCAGAUUGCUUCAUAAUGUUGAAAUGCUCAGUAAUUUCAAUGCUGUGCUCAGUAAUUUCAAUCCCACUGUAACUUCUAUCUCCCAAAUGUUUCACUUUUUCAGCUGAAAAGAAAUGCCAGAGCACCAAGGCUCGGAGUCCUUCCACAUUGCACUUCUCUACUGCAGUCUUUCUGUCCCUCAGUCACACCAACAGAGUGGUAGCAGACAAAAGUCCAAGAUGGUCUCCUUGGAGUUGUCCACAAUAGUUUUCACUUUUCACAGUGCUAAGUAGCCUUCUGCUGCCAGUCACUCAUCCUCUUCUGGAUGAUGCCUGGCUCUAGGCUACAAGCACAGUACAAAUGGCAAGUACAGGGAUUUUCCCAAAUAGGAUAUGAAUGAAGUAAUUUUUUUUGGUCUUUUUCUGUGAGCACUAAUUCUUUUUCAAAGGUAGGUGAAAACAAUCUGAAUGCUAAGCAAAGGAGGGAUAUCUGUAUCCAGAACAUUUUAACAGGAAGGGAGUUUAAUAACAAAAUUGCAUCCCUAGCCACCUGGCCUUCUUUCUCUGUGUGUGUUUUCUUUUGGAAGCAGUGUAGCAUAGAUAACGCUUGCCAUAAAGCUGUUCCUACAGAAAAAUAUGCAAGCCCAGCUCAUUUCCAGUGCAUGAUAAUCAUUAAGGCUCCCAUGAGUGAACCUCUGAUACUUUUUUGGCCAAUGAUUAACCUUAAGCCCUCCUUCCCCCUUAUGCACUUGGAUUAAAAAGGCAAUAUGGAGAGAGAAAGCAGUAGGCAUGUGUGGUGCAUUCUCUAACUCUAUGGACUAAAGAGUGGAGUCAUCUGACAAAUAGUUCAGGAGCAGCACACCAGGCAGUGAGAUUGAUUUUAUUAGGGUUAGAAAAGAAAGAAAGGUUCUGUUGUGUGACCAGGCUGAAUUCAGGAUGUUUAUAAGCUCCAUCAUGCUGCUUUUACUGGUGCCAGCAAUGUUUGUAUGGUACAGACGGCAGCUAUUGACUUUUCCAUUUAUUCAGCUCCAUACUCUUCUUUGUUCUGGAGAGUCUGCUGUAAUUAGAGUUUAUAGCAUUUUCUUGUACAGAAGUCUAGUGUUUAGAGUAAGGCUUUACUUGUCAAGACUUUAAGAGUCUAUCCGUGACUCCAUAUUCAUAUGACCCAGGGUAAGUCAUAUAACCACAGUUUUGAUUCAGCUUCCCAGCCUGGAAACCAAUACCAUCCUCAGAGGGCUUCAUUCAUUUGAUUAAGAUUUUUGGAUAAAAGUUGUUUUAAUAGGAGAAAAACACUAUCAUUCACAUUCUUAUUAAGCCAUAAAUGCUCACCUUUUAAUCUGGAUAGAGAACAGACGUGGAGGGAUAAAAUUUCUCUGUUAGUCUCAUUUCAUAUAGCCCUGAUACCUGUAUGUUCUAUUAAAAAAUUCUCCAGGGCAGUAGCUGGGAACAUAGGUGUGUGAUUUCUGGGUGUUCUGGGUAGCACAUAUCUUGGGACAGUAACCUGUUAAGUACUGAGCAGAGACUGGCAACAGCAGAGCAGCAGCAUGCCCCUCCUCGCCAUACACAACCGGCGGAUCAGCUGGACUCCACUGCUGGUACUGGGGUAUCUCUUUUACCUCCUCCUGGGUGCUAUGGUGUUCCAGCUGCUUGAGAAGCAGGCAGAGACCCACUUUCGGGACCAGUUCCAGCUGGAGAAGCUCAACUUCCUGCAGAACUACACAUGCUUGGACAGACAAGCCCUGGAGAAGUUUGUACAGGUCCUCAUGGAAGCAUGGGAAAAAGGGGUCAACCCAGAAGGAAACUCAACAAAUCCCAGCAACUGGGACUUCAGCAACUCCUUCUUUUUUGCAGGAACUGUUGUCACCACUAUAGGUUAUGGUAACCUGUCCCCCAGCACAGUGGCAGGGCAGAUCUUCUGUGUGUUUUAUGCCUUAUUUGGAGUGCCCCUCAACCUGGCCUUCCUUAAUCAGCUGGGGAAAGGUCUCAACGCUCAUCUGCUUACCCUGGAAAGAUGGGUGCAAAAGCCAGGCCGUGCCCAGGUGGUUCAAACACUGGCAGUGGCCAUCUUCCUGUCCACUGGGACUUUGCUUUUUCUAGUGUUCCCGCCAUUAGUCUUCAGUUAUGUAGAAGGCUGGAGCUAUGGAGAAGGCUUUUACUUCACUUUCAUCACCCUGAGCACCAUUGGAUUUGGGGACUAUGUAGUAGGCACAAACCCCAACAAGCACUAUAUCCCUGUGUACAGGAGCCUUACUGCAAUUUGGAUUGUUUUUGGCUUGGCCUGGCUGGCUCUGGUCUUCAACGUGGGAGCUGACUUGAUGGAAAAAUUCCUUCAGCUAAAGGGGCAUAAGUCUGACUCAAGCUUGGCAGAAGGAGCCACCACCAAAUUGGAAGAUGAACCUGAGCAGCGCAGAAUCCAUAUUCCUAGCUGAGAAAGGUACAAAGAGAGCAGUCUGAAACUGCAUCUUUCAUCUGUAUCUCACACUAAGCAAGCCCUGUGGAUAAAGGACUAAACCACAGGUUUUGGACUGUUUCCUAAGGAGGAAGUGUUCCAGAAACAUGGAAAUUUCCACACCCUGUGUAGGCAUCAGCCUACACAAAACCUCCAAAGGAGUAGCUAUACAACUGUCCCAGGAUUCAUUUUACAAUUCUCACUCAAAAAAGGCAACUUCCUCUGAAGUAAUCAAUUAUUAUCCUUUGUCUUUCUCUAGUGGGAUAGAGUUCUUAUGGUCACUCAUUUUCAAAAAAAUCCAGAGUGACUGCCUCCCAGCUUCAAUAAGAAGUCACGUCAUCAAGAAUCUCAAGUGGAAAAAGUCAGGUACAGAAAUCUUUCUUCAUUUCCAGUCAGAAAACAAGCAACAGCAUAGAGGAAUAUCAACAGUAAUGAAAACCUGCUUAAUGACAGCCAUCCAGUUAAGAUUCAGCUGAUAUUGUCUGAAAUGAGCAGCUUUCACAUAAAAUGAAAACAUUUAUUUUCUGAGCUAAAAUGCUUUUCUUUUAAUUGUGCAGAAAUUAUGUGUCUAUCCAGCACUGCCUGGACUGUUACAAUUCAUCUCAAAGUGAACUGGCAACUCAAAGCAGGUCCUCAUCACAGUUCAUUUCACAACCACUUAGACAGCACUUUAAACUAAAUUUAAAUGCAAGCAGAUUUCCUUAUUUCUAGCCAGGUCACAAAUAAUAUUAGAGUCUGGCAUUUUAUAUGGGCCAGUUCACUGAAGAACUAUCAUGCACCGUACAGAUUUGAUGCUGUAUGUUUAUCUUUAAAUAAGGCUGAUUAUAGGCUCUUACAUUAGAUCUGAUCCUCACUUGAGUAUAGUGUCACCCAUGAGAAAUAGGGAGUUUGAUUUUAUCACAGUUAUUUUAAGUCAAAGGUAGCAGAAGCCAUCUCCAAAGAAGCUUAAAAACCAAAGAAAGACAUAUAAGCACCUUAUAAGAGGAUAGUCACUGAGAUGAAAAACUGUAGUCAUACUCUGUAUUAAAGUGAACUACAGAAACUUGAUAAAACAAUUAUCCAUUCAUUGGGUACCACAUUCAAUUGGUUAUAACCAUGACUAACACAUUCCAUGGGCAUGCUUGUAAUCAUAUACAUACUGCUAUUUAUUCAAUAUGUUUAUAUCUCAUAGUAACCAUCAAUUAAUCCUUUUAAACUCAUUUAUAAAAGGAACUUUAAUGUAAAGUGUGAGUGAAAUAUGACUGCAUAUGUAGACUAGCCCCAAGCUAGCGUAUGUCUGACAGGCUACAGGAACAUCAAAUGUCAGCCUUUCAGCAGCUGCUUUGAUAUUUCAUUUUGGAGAUGUGUCCAUAAAACAUGUAGAGGCUUGUGUAGGUCACUAAUCUUUUCAUGCAUACUUUCUGAGCUAGAUUUUUACUCCUGAGGAGGGUCACAACAGACAUUUGUUCUUACAUCUGACAUGGUGUUUGUUUUGUUUGCCAGUUGCUGACACCUGCAUAGUGCAGUGGAGCUGUUCAAAUUUGAAAUGCUGGCGUAUAAGAAUGGUUUAUUAGACUAGCUUCAAAAAUGAGUGUUCAAAUGCUUAUCCCAUCUAAGAUUUACCUCAUGUUUUACCACUACCUACCUCACAGAUUUUAUCUCCUCUGUUUUUUCACUGAUCUUCCCCACGCCCUCAGCUAUUCCCAUAAAUUUAUGCAACAGCUUUCUUGGUAGACUUUUACUGAGAGCAGCCAAUUCUCUCCUGUCUGGUUUUUUGUAUCUUUGCAAAUCUCACGGGAGACUUUUUCUCUCAGUAUUUUCUAUUCUUCAGACAUAAUGUUUGCACUUGCACUUUUUAACAUCAUCACUAUCACUGUAUUCUGUACCUGCCUUGUGUUAACUCUACAAGACAUUUUUGGCCUGUUUAUGUGAAAGACGAAGCUAAAGUUCUGCUGACUUCUAUAUCUAACCUGUUCUUUUCACCUUGCAUUUUUCCAUGCCUUCCUUACUUUAUCUAACCACAGCCAGCCACAACACAUGCACUGCUCUAAAGGUGAUCCUAUACAGUGUUUUACACCAUGCUGCAUGCCAUAAAAAAUGAUAAUGAGGUUUAUCAGGGAUAGAAAGCAGUUACUGGCAAAGUGUUUCUUAAAGUUAUCCUUACUUGACAUCUGACAGCAGGAAGUUUGCAGUUUUUUUACUGCAGUUCAGAAAAUUGUUCCUGUAUCUGCUAAUGAUUUUGCAAAGUAGCAGCAUGGUGAGACCAUCUUCUGAAUUUUUUGCUACUGCUGUGUUUAGUAAAGCUGAGAGUAGCUGCAGCAGUUGUCUACCUGUCUGCCAGAAGAUUCAAAAAGAUCCCUUAAAUAUGGCCACGUUGGAAUAGAAACAAGAAGGAUACUGAUGCCCUCUCAUGCAUUACAUAAGCGAUAGAAAUUUCUUGCUCAUUUUGUCAAUUUUUCAAGGUCCUGAAAAGAUCCUAAAGGUCAUGCAUAUCUGUAAUUGAAGUUAAUUUGAGAUAUAUACUGGGAGCACUGGCCUAGUUCUUGAACAUGGAUGGACCAAGUGCUUUCUGGUAGUCUUCCUCUAAUAAAAAGGCAGUUGUCAAUUAUCAACUGACCAGCUAAGAAAAGUAACGUGGAAGAACUGCACAAUCACAGGGGCUUGCUAGGAGCCAGAGGAGCACACAAAAGGGACUCUUCUGGUCUAAUAGCCCAUUUUACCAGUGGUACAUUUCUGCACAUAAUGAAGAGUGCACAUAUUUAGCUCCAAUGCAUGGAAAACAGCACUUCUGAAGCCUCUGAAUGUAGCUCUGCAGUCUGUGGCAGAAGUGAUGGCUCAGGCAGUGUUCAUCUGUGAUGAACAGCUACCACUUGCUGCAGUGGUAGUCCAGUGCAGGACAAGAAGCAAAUUUCCUUCCAGGCUUACACUUACCCUUUAAGCCUGCACAACAAGCCCUUCUUCAUCCUCAGAUAUAUUGGUACCUUCCAGACAACACCAAAAUAUCAUCGGCAAGAUUUGAGCCCUUCUCUGUGGAGAUGUAAAUAGAAGACUGACAGACAAGUGACACUUCUGAGAGUACUCAAGAAAACCAGCCAUUUAAAUAGUAUAUAAUUCUGUGAAGAUUUAUUGUGAAUCCUGAUCUCUUUCUCCCCAGUUUCCUAGUAAGCACGUGCUUGAUGUCAUGGGUUUUCACAAUCUGUCUUGUAGUUAAAACUCCUGAGUCUCCCCUGUAAUUUGUUUUAUAUAUUUUUAGUAUAAAUAUUAAAUGCUAUAGGUUUAUUCAUAAUGUUUUAGCAUGGUUAUACUCAGUGUGCUUUGUAUAAAAUAUCUGGGUUUAAAUGCAGUUAAAAUGUCAAAAUGUAGCUCAGAUGUAUCU